CAAAAAAAAAGUUACGAAAGCUCGCGGAUCGCAUUGCCCCUCUGCCCCUCUACCCUUAAUCGACACUCGGCGCAUUCUACUACGAGAAGGAUAUUUCACUACUAAUUCCUUCUUUUAACUGGCCGAGGGACGAAAAUGGGCAAGGCAAAGACAUCCAAACGCGGAAGCGCAAACUCGACUCCGUACGAGCGACCAGCCAAGAGUGCUGCGACGAAUAAUGUCUUCAAAUUCAGUAAAGACUUUGGUCAACAUAUUCUGAAGAAUCCGGGUAUCGCAGAGACCAUAGUUACGAAGGCAUAUCUCAAACCCACAGACACGGUUCUUGAAGUCGGUCCUGGUACGGGAAAUUUAACAGUCAAGAUCCUCGAGCAAGCCAAGAAAGUCAUUGCGGUAGAAAUGGACCCCCGAAUGGCUGCCGAAACAACGAAGCGUGUACAAGGAAAGCCGGAGCAGAAACGACUGGAAGUUCUCUUAGGAGACGUAAUCAAGACUACACUUCCCUCUUUCGACGUGUGCAUCUCGAAUACCCCCUACCAAAUCUCGUCGCCUUUAGUAUUCAAGCUUCUCUCUCUUCCGAAUCCACCAAGAACAUGUGUUCUCAUGUUCCAGCGCGAAUUCGCGCUACGUCUUACAGCCCGGCCAAACGAUCCUCUCUACUGUCGCCUAUCAGUCAAUGCGCAAUUCUGGGCGCGUAUAACACACAUUUUAAAAGUCGGAAGGAAUAACUUUCGGCCCCCUCCUCAAGUCGAUUCUAGCGUCGUCCGAAUCGAGCCUAAACUCGGCUCAGAGCGUCCGAACAUCAGCUUCGAGGAGUGGGACGGCAUGUUGCGAGUGUGUUUCAACCGAAGAAAUAAGACCUUAAGAGCUUCGUGGCUCGGCAACAAGGAAGUUCUCUCCAUGUUAGAGCGAAAUUACCGGCUCUGGUGCGCCACAAAUGAUAUCCCUGUGGACGAUACAGUUGCGGACGAGGAAGAGGACGACAUCGAGGAAAUGGAAGUCGACGAGAACGUGCCGCCGAGCGCCGGCGACGAAAAGGAGUGGGGUGGCAUCAUGGAUGUUGACGGAGCAGAUGACGACACGCCGUCGUUCUUUAAGGAGGCCAUGAAGACCGAGAUACCGAAGACAAAAAGCAAGCGGAAGAAGACGAGAGUCGCCUUAUUAGUCAGGGAAAAAGUCCGAAAGGUUCUGGAAGACGUGACUGAGCUUGCUGACAAGAGAAGUGGGAAGUGCGACGAGAAUGAUUUCUUGCGCCUUCUAGCUGCUUUCAACGCGGAAGGAAUUCAUUUCUCUUGAUCCGUUAAGCUAUGCGGCAACGCAUAUACAACAUAU